AUGCAGUAUUAUGGAAUUUAUAAAUGGCAUAACAAUUUUAUUAUUGAAUUUCAUUCACAAGCACAUUAUACAAGUCGUUUACUUGAUUUUACUAGUAAAAAAUUGAAUGAAAUUCUUGAAGAUUUACCAGCUAGUAUAAAAGUGAAUGAAAUGCUAGUAAGUGAAGAUUUAAAUAAUUGUAUAAUUAAAGAUUUGAAAUCAUUAGAUACUAAACAGAUGAAAAUUAUAAACUAA